AUGGAAGUAGACCAAAAUAAUAUUUUCAAAUUAUGUAAAGAAUUAGGAUGCUGUGACGCAUGCUGCCUAAGGUAUUUAGGACUCAAGAAUCCUAGUGUUUACGAAAACACUAAAAAUGUUGUUGCUAAGUAUGAAGUUCAAGAAAUAGCAACCAAAUCUAAUAACUGUGAUGAGACUAUAGAAGACAGCAAGAAAAAUAUAUUAGAACAGUCUAAUAUAGAAAGUGAUGUAAAUGGUGACAGUUAUAAGUCACCCCCAUCUAAAAAACGCAAAAUAGAACCGUGUGUGACAUGUUUGGGUAUACUACAGGAGGAAACAUGGGCAGAUAGUUUCGAAAUGGUUAAAGAAGUUCUGGAGAAGAAAAGAUAUGCUUGUGAUACAUUCGCAUGCGCUCUGUCCGCGCCAAUGGCAACCAUACUCCGAGAAAGGGUGGUGGGGUUGCACCUAGAAAAAUCUAUUUCCCACUAUGAUGCCAAUGCUUUAACACCUUUAAAGGAAGCAUGGAAAUGGUCAUUUGGCACGAAGCUGGCAGCACAUAUAGGCAAAACAUUGGACUCGGGUGCAGUGUCGCCUUUAUUAGUCACUUUGAACAUUGACUACCUGGAUGACUUGCAGGAAUUAGAGGCAUUGAAAACAAUCGCGACGCCGCUGUUUGAAUCCCGUAGUCAGCAGAGAAAGCGCUUUUCAACUGAAUUCACUAGACGUGCAGUCGAGCAAGCAUUACAGGGCGUGACACUAGAAACAAUUCAAGCAGCUAGUGAAAGCUGUUGCUUGCCACAAAUUACAGCACCAGCGAAAUGUGUCAGCGUAGUGUGUACACAUGCACCAAUGUAUUUAGGAGGCAGGUAUAUAAAGCUGAGUCGUGAAUUACCUCAAACACCCUGGAUAGUUGGAGGGCGUCGUGUCAUGCCCUCCUCCGUUCAAGAGAUCAUCUUCCAACCCCUCGCUGAGUUGUAUGGGAUGUCUGCAGCAGAAGCUGAACGGCGUCUGAAACUGGUGGCUGCCGGUCGUGAGGAUGUAGAUGUACGCUGUCUUGGAGAUGGACGUCCUUUCGCCAUCGAGAUAAUUGACCCCCAACGGCAACUGACCUCUGAGGAGCUGGCACAGGCGUGUAAGCUCAUCUCCAGCGGGGGAGAAGUUAUUGUUAAAGAACUGGUGCCGAUAGUUAAGGAGGAUUUAGCUCUUCUGAAGAAAGGUGAGGAGUGCAAAACUAAAACUUACCACGCGCUGUGCAUCAAACUCUCGCAUUCGGAAUUCAACGAGGUCGAUCCCGAUUCCCCCAUUACUGUGACGGACGCCGAUCUAGAACGCAUCAACUCGUAUCGUAACACAAAGGAAGGUGAUGAGGCGAAAAUUGAGAUCACGCAGAAGACUCCAAUCCGGGUGUUGCAUCGUCGCCCGCUUCUUACAAGAACGCGGCACCUGCUCGAACUACACGCUGAAAAAGUUCCAGAUCAUGCGCAGUUAUUUUACGUGCGUGUGCGCACGUCGGCGGGCACGUACGUGAAGGAGUGGGCGCACGGCGAGCUGCGGCGCACGCGACCCGCGCUGCCGAAUAUAUUGCACGCGCGCACGGACCUGCUGGCGCUGGACGUGGCCGCCGUGCACCUGUGCUGGCCGCACGCGCCCGUACAUUAA